AUGGAGUUUUGGGGUAAGAAUUCUGAGCUCCCUCUCGUUUUUGCUGCAUAUGAAAAUCGAUGGGCUGAGGUGAAAAGUGGAGAGACUCUUAAGGUUGCACCUGUUGACGGCUUAAUUUUGCAUCUUUCCCAGGCAAAUGUUGGUGAACUGAAAAAUGAGAAAAACAAUAGAACCAUUGUCUCCUUGUUUGUGAAUAUAGAUGGAAAGAAGCUGGUCCUUGGAACACUCUUCACCGAUAAGUUACCUCAACAACAUUUUGACUUGGCAUUCAACCGAGAGUUUGAGCUUUCCCACAAAUGUAAAAGUGGAAGUGUCUACUUUUAUGGAUACUGGGCCGUGAACCCUGAUGAAUAUCCUCUUAGUAAUUCAUCUUCUGAGGAGGACGAUGAGGAUAUUCCAGUUAACAUUGCAAACAGUGCAAAGUCUGAGUCAAAGGCCAAGGAAAAGAAACCUGCUGAUGGUGAGAAGGGCAAUGCUUCCAAAGAGAAAAAAUCAGAUUCUGGCAAGGGAAAAGCAGUGGUUUCAGAGACUGAAAGUGGAAGCAGCGAUGAAGACUUGAUAUCUGAGGAUGAUGAUGAAGAUGAAGAUGACUCUGAGGAUGAGGACAGCUCUGAUGAUGAAUCUGAUGAGAGUGAAGAAGAAGAGACUCCUCCUAAGAAGGCUGAAACAAGCAAGAAGCGACCGGUCAAAUCUGCUACCAAAACCCCUGUGCCCGACAAGAAGGCAAAAUCAACCCCACAGAGAACUGAAGAUUUGUCUCCGAGAAAGGUCUGGAAUUGCACUCAAAAGCCAAGCAUGGUGGUGGAAAGUAAUAUGGAUUCUGUUUAA